AUGGUGCGAGCGCGACGCGGGAGCCUGUGCAUUUGCCUUUCCACCUUCGGGGUUCAACUGCUGAGUUUCAGCUGGGCAUUUUGUGGCACAUGGUAUCCCCAUUUUCUUCCCGCUUCCCAGUGCCCUGUGCAAUGCACUGGGCGGCGCUGGCGGUCUCUGCUAAGAGUGAAGAUAGGAGAUGAGUUGAACGGAUUUCAGCUCGACGAACCCUUGGGAGCAGGUGCAUUUGGGACGACCUGGCGCGCCAGAGCUACAAAUCAAAGCGAUUUGAAGACUCUAAAUCUGGCAGAAGGUCAAGAAGUGGCUUUGAAGUUGAUCAAACUUCAGGACGGUUGGAGCACCUUAGACAAGUUCGAGCGUGAAGCCUCGGUGCUGCAGCGGCUCCGGCACGUGGCCAUCCCGCGCUACUACGGCACGGUGCAGCGCGAGGGCCGCGACGGCUUGGACCUGGGACUGGUGUCGCAGCUGGUGGAAGGUGCUACCUUGGAAGAGGAGGUGACCAAAGGUCGAUGGGUAGCAACUCCAGAGAAUCUCAGAGCACUUGCUGAGACCCUGCUGGAAGUUUGUAUGCACAUGGCCAGUUUUGCUCCUCCUGUGGUGCAUCGCGACAUCAAACCUGCCAACAUUCUGCUUGAGUUUGACAACAGUUCACAGAGGACCGAGCCCAAGAUCUACCUGGUGGAUUUCGGCUCCGCGGUGCUGGGCUCGGGAACUCGGACGGCCGCCGGAACCUUUGGCUACAUGGCACCGGAGUCUUUCGGCAACAGCUUCACACCCAAGUCCGACCUGUACGGCGUUGGUGCUUCGUUGCUCUUUGCCGCGACAGGGCUGGAGCCUGGAUCGUUGCCUGUGGAUCGACUCCAGGUGAAAUUUGAGAAAGCCUUGGUGGGCACUGUGUGGGCAUCUCGGUCUCGAUCUGUGGGAAAUUCUUCGGUGCAUCCCAAAGAGACCUGGUUGCCCCAGCUGUUGCAACGGCUCUUGGCGCCUGCGCCCGAAGAUCGCUUCAGCUCUGCCUCCGAAGCCCUGACCUUCCUGCGGUCUCCGCCGCCGCUGGCCACGCGGGAUCCAGCAUCCAAUGGGGCGGUGCUGCCGCGGGAGGCCGUGAGUAUGGAGCCACCACGUGGAUCGAAGAUUGUUGUGAAGGAGGGCCCUGGCGAGUUACGCAUCCUCUUCCCUCCGCCAUCGUUGUCACUGGACUUCAGGAUGGGUACCUUCGCCACAGCAUGGACGGUCUUCACUGGAGUGUGGACGGCUGGGGUGGUCAGUGCUGGUGCACCGAUCAUGGCACUCUUCAGCCUUCCAUUCUGGAAUGUUGGAUUCACCAUGUUGAAAGACACCUUUCAACCUUUGAUCCGUGGAGCUUUGGAGUUGCGCAUCGAACGAGAUCGAUGGACCAUCAGUAAAGCGAACGGAAAACAGCUGGACAGCGGAAAGACUGCAAAGCUUCAGUGCUUUCUGGAAGGCCCUGAGAUGGGUCAAAGUUAUUUAGUGCUGCAGGAAGGGAUCGAACGUCCUUUGAAACAAGGAGGCCUCACCCAGACAGAGGCCGAAUGUUUGGAAGCUCUGAUUUCCAGCUACACCGGCCGAAAGUGA